CGUACGUGAAGUCGUCAUCACUGCAGUCUCUCACGAGCAGCUGCAGUAGCUAAAACACAGCACGCCCAUCGAAACCUCUGUACUUCCAAGCAGGUAACUGUGAAGAAAAAAAGGGAAGAACCAUAAUGGCGUUGGCAUCUUCCCCGCUGGACCCGGAUUUAAUGAGGGAAGUUCUUGAAUGCCCUAUUUGCCUGGAGACCUACAACCAGGAUCAAAUGAGGCCCAAACUCCUGCAGUGUGGUCACACAGUGUGUCGGCAGUGUCUAGAGAAGCUGUUGGCUAAUACCAUUAAUGGUGUGCGCUGCCCCUUCUGUAGCAAAGUCUCCCGUAUGAGCAGCAUCUCCCAGCUGGCUGAUAAUCUCACUGUUCUUAAGAUCCUAGAUUGUACUAUGUCCUGCAGUGCUGCUGCUGCUGCCCUCAUGUGCAAGUCCUGCUGCAACCGUCUACCACGGCAGUACUGCCAUGACUGUGCCACAGUCCUCUGUGAGCUCUGUAAAGGGGAGGGCCACCUGCAUCAAGGGCAUUCAGUCCAGCCUAUUAGGGUGGCUGCUGAACAGCGUCGAAAAGAACUAGGUGGCAAGCUGAAUGCCCUGCGUGAUGUUAUGGGUGAAAUUCAGAAGAAGAAGACAGCUAUUGAAAACAUUUCCAAGUCUUUGAGACUAAAGUACCGGACAGUGCAACAGGACUAUACUACUGCUGAGCUACGUCUUCAAGAGGAACUCAGCAGGUGUCGAAGGACAUUCAUUGCUUCCAUGGCAGAAGUGGAGAAGCUCAAUGGGCAGGUCCUGGAGGAGCAGACAUAUCUCCUUAACAUUGCUGAGGUAAAAGUGGUGUCACGCUGUGAUUAUCUGACAAUGCGGGUGAGGCAGAGUGAUAUUGCCUUGCUAAAGGAUGAGGGUGGAGGCAGUGAUGAUGAGGAGCUGGAUCUGAGGAGCAGCUUGCCUACCAUCUUUCAGCUUCAAGAGCCAGAGGUAGUCCGAACAGAGCACUCUAAGCCUUUAGAAGUAGGCCACUUGACCACAAACACUUACACUGUCAAUACAGACGAUGAGGAGAGUGGGUUGGAGAUUGCACUUGAAGGUGAUGUAGAGGGUGUAGCUGGGGCAGCAGGCGCUACUAGAGGUACGAUGGGGGUUCCAGUGGAUCUUUACCGAGAUAUUGACAUGGUUGCAGCUGUAGAGGAGGCAGUAUGUGGUUCACCAAGCAGCUUUAAGUCAAAGUCCAUGGAUGCAGGUGGGGGAUCACCUGGAGGAGCUGGGGCAAGUGCAGGGCCCCCAGUCUGCCAGUUUGUCAAGAAGAUGGGCUGUAAGGGAACUCUACCUGGUAUGUUCAAUUUACCUGUCAGCAUCUGUGUAACACCACAAGGUGAGGUGCUGGUGGCCGACCGUGGUAACUACCGUGUCCAGAUAUUUAAUCGCAAAGGUUUCCAACGUGAAAUUCGCCGCAAUGCCAGUAGCAUUGACAACUUUGUCCUGAGUUUCCUUGGGGCUGACCUGCCUAACCUUAUCCCCUUAUCCAUUGCUGUCACUCCUCAAGGUCUGAUUGGGGUUACUGACAACUACGAUAACUCAGUUAAAGUCUACACUAUGGAUGGACACUGUGUGGCGUGUCACAAGAACCAACUGAUUAAACCCUGGGGCAUUACUGCCAUGCCAUCAGGCCAGUUUGUCGUGUCAGAUGUGGAAGGUGGCAAGCUGUGGUGUCUUGCAGUGGAUCGCAAUGUGGGUGUGGUCAGCUACAAUCGAUUGUGCUCUGCUGUGCGGCCAAAGUUUGUGACAUGUGAUGCAGCUGGAACAGUUUAUUUCACCCAGGGCCUGGCCCUGAACUUUGAGAAACGCCACAAUGAGCCCCACCUGGAGGGCGGCUUCUCCAUUGGUUCAGUGGGUACUGAUGGCCAGCUGGGCAAGCAGCUCAGCCAUUUCUUCUCAGAGACAGAGGAUUUCCGCUGUAUCACUGGCAUGUGUGUGGAUCCCAACGGGGAUUUGCUGGUAACAGACAGUGGAAGGAAAGAAAUCCUCCAGUUUCCCAAAGAGGGUGGAUUCAAAAUUCUCAUCCAGGAAGGGUUGACCUGCCCUGUCGGAGUGGCCACCACCCAGAAAGGACAACUGCUAGUGCUGGAUUGUUGGGACCACUGUGUCAAAGUCUACUCAUACAUUCAGAGGAGGCACUCCUCCACUUCUUAGAAGAACAAUCCAGUAUAUCCAGUCUAUCUGCACAUGAGCAUGAGAGGUUUAGUAGGUAUGUGUUGGUAGGUAUGUAGGGAAGUUUGGAAAAGGUAGAAACACACUUAUUUGUCACUUUAGUUUGGCUGCAGUCCAAACAAUUCUCACUGCAGCUUUCAUUGGGUUAUUAAAUUAAUGUUCUAGUCAGUCUGGUUCAGUUUAAAGCCUACUGGAUUUUAAUUUAAUAACUCAAAUUAAAAAUUAGCUACUCAAGCUGCAUCUUACCUGGUUAUUUCAGUGGAUUACAACACUAAAACAGACCUAAGACAUUUUUAUGUGAAAGAAUACUGGCACCAGUUGUCAUAUUUAAAAUAAGCGAAAGAAGCCAUUGAUGUCAAAGCUAAUGCAGGCACAAAGUUUAAAUGAUUUUUCCACUUCUACUAUUGGCUGCUAUAUCCACCAUUCAGCCCAACUCUGUGUGAUGCAUGGCUUUCACUGAUUUGGCUCAGCUUUGCAACAGAAAAGCGUGAGUAAGAAGAGCUGAAAAUGAAUGCGUAUUUACAUAUGAAAUGAAACGUAUGAAGGCUUUUGGCCUGUGAAGCACUUUAUUAUUGACACGUCACUGUUUCCUAGUGUUAGGUUUUAGCACAGAUUAACAUUGAUGUUGCUGAAUGCAGCUGGCAGCUUUAAAGUUUACUGUGCAGUUAGCUAAUGGCAAACAGUAACAAAGUAUCUGCUGACGUUGUCAGAGCAGAUCUUUUUUGUCAGCCCAUUAUAUGAAAAAGGAAGACACCAUGAUCUGGUAAAUUAGUCUUUUUCUCUCUUUUUUUUUUUAAAGCCUCUUUCAGAGGUGCUGAUGUUUGUUUAGUAGACUGCAUUAUUAUAAUUUUUUCUGGUACUUAUUAAUACUGUAUAGCUAGCCUUUGUGCAUCAGCCACAACCUGAGUAACCAGUUGAGAACAAAAUGGAGCAGUGUAUCAGCUGCAGUGACAUUUUCAGAGGAAAGGAUACUAACAUCUAUUGUCUGAUCUACAAAAUCGUCUUCAUGUGUCUAAUUAUUCAACCCUCUGCAAGUUGAAGUAACAUCUGCAAGAUAAAAUUCUUCCAGCUGUUCAGCUCAGUCAUACAGUUAGGUCUGUAAGUAUUUGGACAUUGACACAAUUUUUGUAAUUUUGCCUCUACAUCACCACAAUGGAUUUGAAACAAAGCCAUCAACAUGUGAUUGAAGUGUUGACUCGCAUCUUUAAUUCAAGCGGCUUAACAAAAAUAUCGCAUUAACCUUCUAGGAAUCCCUAAUUUUCAGACACUAACAAAUUAAUUGGACAAUUUUCAGUUGAUCAGUUUCAUGGCCAUGUGUGGCCUGUUCCCUUUUUAUUUCUUGACAAAUUAAGUAGAUAAAUGGUCUGGAGUUGAUUACAAGUGAAUUUGCAUUUGGUAGCUUUACAUGGGAACUCUCAAUAUGCAGUCCGAAGAGUUGUCGAUGCAAAUGAAGGAGGCCAUCAUUAGGCUGAA